GUACCGCAACAUCCGUACCGCAACAUCCGUACCGCAACAUCCGUACCGCAACAUCCGUACCGCAACAUCCGUACCGCUACAUCCGUACCGCAACAUCCGUAGAUAACAAAUCUUCAUAUGAAUUAUGGUUUGGUCAUUUACCGAAGUUAACUUCCUAUCAUCCGUUUGGAUGUACUGCUUUUGCUCAUGUUCCUGCUAAGUAUCGUACCAAGUUACAACCAAAUGGUAUUAAAUGUAUAUUUUUAGGUUUCGCUACUAAUCAAGCUGGUUUUAAAUUAUUAGAUCUUGAUGCUCAAAAGGUUAUUGUUGCCAAGGAUGUUAGGUUUCUUGAUGAAGAUUUUAUUGGUAGAUCUAUGAAUACAGAAUAUAUCAAUGAUUUACCAUCCAGUGUCAAAGGUGUUACUAGAAAUCUGUUAAGUGCUGAUAUUCCUAUUUUUCAUUCUGAAACAAUUGAUGCUACCAAUGUUGAUUCUGAAACAAGUGCUGCUACUAAUUCAAAUACUGCAACUUUACUUCAAAAUUUAGGUUCUACGCCACCAUCAGCCUUAGCUUCGCCAGAUAUUGAUUUUGAUGCUUCAGAGUUUAUUCCGGAUUCACCUGUUCCUGUUGUUGUUUCCUCACCUUUAACAGAAAGUACAGUUAUACUUUCAUCAAAUGAUUCAAGUUCAAGUUCAAGUUCAAGUUCCAAUGAUACUCCACCUUUAGAUUCUCCAAUUACACCACCUAUAUUAUUAUCAGAUUAUCAACCGUCAAGUGAUGCCGCUAGCUCAGAUUUUACAAAUUCUCCUGGUGAUCCUGAUUUACAAUUUAUUGGGGCUGUUGGUAUGCUGAUGGAAAAUUCACUUUGUGGGGGAGAACAAAACUUAUUAAUAAGUCAACUUGAAUUAAAACAAGAACUUAAACCUACUUAUAAAGUUAAAGAUUCAUGUAAGCGUUUUAAAAUUCAAAAUACUCAAAUUAAUUUUUCAUCAUCAAAUACAUCAGAAUUUGUUUGUGGUAAUGGUUUUGUUGUUGAGAAAGCAAAAGAUAAUUAUAUACCAAAUACAUAUAAACAAGCAAUUGCUAGUGAAAUGAAAGAUGCAUGGAUUGAAGCAAUGAAUGAAGAAAUGGCUGCUCAUGAAGAAAACAAAACUUGGGAGUUAACUGAUUUACCAAAAGAUAAAAAGGCCCUUGGGUGCAGAUGGGUUUUCACUAAAAAGGAUAGUGGAAAAUUAAAAGCCCGUCUUGUAGCUCAAGGGUUCAAACAAGUUGAGGGUAUUGAUUACGGAGAAACUUUUUCACCAGUCAUCAGAAGUGAAAGUAUUAAAUUAUUAUUUGCAUUAGCUGCUAAGACCAACAAAAUCAUAAACCAGAUGGAUGUAUCAACGGCAUUCUUGAAUGGGUUUGUGGAAGAAGAAUUGUAUAUGCUGACUGCUCCUGGUUAUGAUGUUGAAGGAAAAGUUUAUAAGUUGGUCAAGAGUCUUUAUGGACUUAAGCAGGCACCAGCCGCUUGGAAUAAAUCAAUUAAUGCUGUUUUAGAGAAUGACGGUUUUAAGAGAGUUACUUCAGAGUUAGGACUUUAUGUUAAGGGUGGUACUUAUUUGGGGCUUUAUGUUGAUGAUUUAAUUAUUGCUGGUGAUUCUCAAGCUGAAAUUGAUAAAGUCAAAUCAUUACUUAAAAGUCAUUUUAAAAUGAAGGACUUAGGUGUCCCACUGAAAUUUUUAGGGAUGAAUGUGUUAGUUAGAAAAGAUGGUGUUAUUAUUAUUUCAUUAGAAGAUUAUAUUGAUAAAAUGCUUGAAGAAUUUGGUAUGGUUGAUUGUAAUCCUGUUGCUAUUCCUACUUUAAAUGGUUUAGAUUUAGAAACAACUGAUGAAAAUCCUAAAUAUUGUAAACCUACUGAUUAUAGGUCGAUAGUAGGAAAGUUGUUAUAUGCUGCUAACAUUUGUCGCUUUGAUAUCAGCUACAUUGUGGGAGUAUUAUCACGUCAUUUUCAACAACCAGAAGAAAGACAUUAUAAAGCUGCUAAACAUGUUUUAAGAUAUUUAAAGAGAACUAAAAUGUAUGGUUUACACUAUAAUAAAACAGAAGGUUUAGAAGUUUAUACUGAUGCAGAUUGGGGUUCAACAUCCAGAGACAGAAAAUCAAUUAGCGGAUAUAUUGUUAAGUUAGCCGGUGCUCCGAUCUCGUGGAAGAGUAAAAAGCAGGUUACAGUUGCUCUUUCCACUACAGAGGCGGAGUACAUGAGUAUGGCUGAAACUGUCAAAGAGGUUCUUUGGUUAUUACUGGUGUUUAAUAAUACUGAUAUUGAAAUUGAAACUCCUGUUGUUAUUUAUGGUGAUAAUGCUUCUGCUAUUACGUUGGCCAAUCAUCCACUAUCUCAUCCCAGAACAAAGCAUAUCAGUUUAAGAUAUCAUUUCAUUAGAGAUCAUAUUAUGAAUGGUACAAUUUCCUUCCAACAUAUUUCAACCAAUAUUAUGUUAGCUGAUCUUCUCACAAAAGGUUUGGAUAGAAUCAGGUUUGCAAGAUUGUUAGAUACUAGUGGCUUCAAGAUAAAGGAAUUAUUGACUUAA